AUGGACGCACAAAAAUCACAACAAACACAAACCUCGAAAGGCGUCGACCCGAAACAAGUCCCAGUCAUCGUCAUGUAUUCCGUCGGCAAAGCGGAGGAGAUGAUACGCAACAGCGAGUACGAGAAAGCGAAGAAGAUGAUGGAAAGCACGGAUCAGUUGUGCGAACGAUACGGCGCGCCACCACCGGUGCACGGGUUAGCGUUGAGGAUAUUAGCGGACGCGUACGAGCAAAGCGCGAGGACGGAAGGGACUUCAGAUACGGAUAAAAAACAAGGCAUCGAAUGCGCGAAAAAUUGUUUACGAAAAGGUUUAGAUUUGUGCGCGCCACAUUUUGGCGCCAAAGGGUUACCGAAGUCGUUGGAGAGAGAUUUGAACGGCAGAGCCGGGGAUUUACACGCCGCGCUCGCGGAGUUGCAUAGAAACGAGGGUGAAUACAUCGACGCGUUGAAAAAUUUCAGAGAGGCGGUGAAGAAAUUUUCCAAGUUGGAGUCGAAAGAUUUACAAGCCGCGAGCGCGAAUAGGUUGGCGUUUACGUUCAUGAACAUGAACGAAUGGGCAGACGCGUUGAAAGAGUUGAAAGUGGCGGAGGAGUUAGAGCAGAGUUUAGAUUCUACGAGCGAAAUUUUAAGCACGACGUAUAAUUUUAAAGGGCAGUGUUUAGCGAAGAUUGGCGGGAAAGAGGAAGAGGCGAAGAAGGCGUUCGCGGAGGCGUUGAAACACGCGCUCUUGUGUGGAAACGAACCAGUAAAAGAGGAAGCGAGCAAGUAUUUAGAAGAGCACGGAAGUGCGCAAGAGCAAAUGGCGCCAGAUGCGUACAUUUGA